CCUGGCCACAUAACCUUGCUCUCCACCGCCUGGUCUGCACUCGCCUGCCCUGCUCAGCUCAGCUGGGAUGAAGGGGGCUCUCGGACCCCUGCUGCUCUCCCUCCUUCUGCUCCUCCAAGCUGGAGGUUGUCAAGAAGUAAAAGUGGUGGCUGCUGUUGGGGAGACGGUUCAGCUGCAGCCCAAGACAUGGCCGUCGACCUGGGUGGCAAUCAACUGGAUACUGAAACUACCAGAGCACUACUGGAUCCUCAGACACGAUGAGAAGGGCACCUCGGCCAAUCCGUUUCUGCCCUUUGCUGACAGAGUCUCUUUCCACCCUGGGAAUCUCUCGCUGCAGAUUAACUCGGUCACAGAGAAAGAAAGGGGCCUCUACUCCAUGAACCUGACGCUGAGGAAUGGCUCUGAAGUCACCAGUUACUUUCGUCUGUUUGUGCUUCACCGUGUCCAGCAGCCCAAGAUCGAGGCAUCUACUUCCCAGAAGAGUGGACAGUGCUACCUUACCCUGCUCUGCUUGGUGCCCAAAGCUGACCGGGUCACCUACAGCUGGUCUCAAGGCGUAUCUUCACACCCAAAAAAAGCCGAUCUGCAGCUGGAAAUCCCUAAAAGUGGCAGCAACACCUUCUAUCACUGCAACGUCAGCAAUGCCAUCAGCUGGGGCAUGGCCACCAUCGAUGUCAAACCGCUGUGCAACUACACAAGUAAGUGCUCCCUUUGCACCAGACAUAUGAGGGGGACAGGGAUGUUUUGCAUCUUCCUGGGUCCUAUGGAGCUGGUUCAUGAUAGUGACAGUGUCGUGGACCUCAACACAGCCUCCCCGUUAGGCAGGAGAAUCGCCUUCCACCCCGGGAAUCUCUCGCUCCAGAUUAAGCUGGUUAAGAAGUCGGACAGCGGUGUCCUAUCCAUGGAUGCAAUAUCUGCAUCUGGCAGACUCAAUACCACCUGCUUCCAUGUGUCUGUGUUUGCCUCGUUGCUGUCCUACUGCCAGGCCGAGGGGCUCGUCCUGUUGCUGGUGCUGGGGGUGCUGAUUGCUGGGAAUAUGGCAGUGCACAUUGUAGCUGAAAAGCAGCCGAAACAGGACUGA